AGCUGAUAGACACCCCACUGACGUUGCACCAACACGUUCAGGUCCAGAAACCAAUUUUCCAGUGUAAAAGGCAUUGCCCGCGUCCAAACUUCGGAGACCACGCUGACAUAAGCCGGACGCAGCCGGCCCCCAAACUCGGUGACACAAAUGUUGCCGAAGCUGAGAUCGCUGCCGUCGGUACGUUUCACUAAGACGUUAGCAUCCUCUACGACAGUGCUGGGCAGUUCUGUGCCUCUCCCUCCAAUACCAGGCCCUGUAGAAUCCGUUCCUCAGGCUCCAGAUAGACUUGAGCCAUGGUCAACGUCCCAGCAACUCCGCCCACCACCUAAAUCGAGUCCCCGCUUCGAGCAAAUAGCACAGGAGUAUCAACCUACACCUCAAAGCGCUAUGGAGAUGGUGAACAGCCAGCCAAUUAUUCUGAGCGAUGCCCGUAUCGCUGUGUGUGACGGAGGUGGAGGGCCUCUUGGUCAUCCAAAAAUAUUCAUCAACCUUGAUAAACCCGGCCCACGGCCAUGCGGCUACUGUGGGCUUCGCUUCCAACGGGCACACCACCAUCACUGAGUCACCCUCUCGUGUAACACGUGGUUAUUUCAUUGCGUAUUAGAGCCGCAUUGGACUGUACCCCCGUCAUACAAUAUCAUGAACCAGUCUGCCUAUGGCGUGGGACCUAGAAGCUGACGCUGAAGCGUGAAAAGAUGCCUUUGACGUUAUC